AGGAGCUCGACAGUCGAGCCAAUCAGAAGCUGCCAAACUCGGGACUUUAUCCUCGACUACUGGUCCCUUUGAGUGUGCUUGAAAGGAACCGCUCACAACAUUUUCGAGUGGAAAACUUUUUCACGUUGGACUAACAAGACAGCGAAAGAGUUAGCGUCGGUGUGACGGGGUUUGGCGCCCUCUCGCCGCCAUGCCUCUGGUCACGAGAAACAUCGAGCCGCGCUACGUGUGCCGGCAACCUAUUCCAAGCAGCGUCCACAGUGAGCUAGAAUGCGUUUCCAACAACAGUUUGGCCGCCGUCAUCCGCCAGCUUGGCUGUCUCAGCAAGAAUGCCGCGGACGUGUUCAAUGGUCUCUUUGAGGAGGCCGAACUUUUUUCCACCCGGAUCGAGACGCUAGGGGAUCGAGUGGACAGCCUGCAGUUGAAAGUCACUCAGUUGGACCCUAAAGAAGAGGAAGUGUCCUUACAGGCCAUCACCACUCGCAAGGCAUUCCGCAGCAGUCUGACACAGGACCAACAGAUGUUUACCAGGCCGUCUCUGCCCAUGCCGGUACAGGAUACCUACAUCACGUGUGACCCACCGCCACCACUGAACCUCCUCACCCUGUACCGAGAUGACGGAAAGGAGGCCCUCAAGUUUUACACAAAUCCCUCCUACUUCUUUGACCUAUGGAGGGAGCAGAUGCUGCAGGACACCAAGGACAUCAUGAAGGAGAAACGAAAGCACAGAAAGGAGAAGAAAGACCACCUGAACCAACGGACCCUCAACCCGCGUAAGAUCAAGACUAGAAAAGAAGAAUGGGAACGUCGCAAGAUGGGCGAAGAGUUUGUGGUGCCCAAGAACGAGAUGAUGAGCUCCUUGGAGGGUCUGAAUGGCAGCCUGGGAUCAGGCGACGAGGGCCUAGACCUGAGCACGGGCUCCUACGCGUAUGACGGGUUGCCGCCACCCGGGGCUGACGACUUCUUGCCCCCGCCACCACCAGACAUGGCGUAUGGCGACAGCAACUACGUCGGUGCCAACCACAAGCGCGUCAGCAUUUUGAGUCCCAGUCACCCGCCGCCAGCUCCUCCCAUAGCCUCACCUCCGUCCAACUCCCGCCCUCACCUCUCCCCUCCCCCCGCCCCUCCUCCCCCACCUCCACCCUCUGGUUUCGGGGCGCCCCCGCCUCCCUCCAGCUUCGACGGCCCACCUCCGCCUCCACCGCUUUCUCCCUCUGGCGCCUUUCCCUCGCCGCCCGCCCCGCCAUUGCCACCCGCCAUGCCUGGCACGGGCCCUCCUCCCCCACCGCCAAUGCCUGCAGGUGGCGGUCCACCACCGCCGCCGCCUCCUCCUCCCGGCCCGCCGCCACCGUCCUUCAGCACCCCAGCUCCCCCUCCUCCCGCCCCUGCGCAGGCGACGCCCAAACAGCAGCCCGCCCCAGAGAACGACGCCCGCAGCGACCUGCUACAGGCCAUCAGACAAGGUUUCAACCUGCGCAAGGUGGAGGCGCAGCGAGAACAGGAGAAGCAGAACCACUUCGGCAACGACGUGGCCGCCAUCCUGUCGCGGCGCAUCGCCGUCGAGUGCAGCGACAGCGAGGACGAUUCGUCAGAGUUUGACGACGACGAGUGGUCCGAAUGAUCGCUACGCCAUUGUCGUCGUCAUUUUCAGGUUAGCGCGAAAGAAAAGUCCCACGUAGUCACAAUCACAUUCCUUCACUUUUUAUUGGUGUGCGUGUGCCUUCCGAGCGCAGCGUCCUUGUUAAUCAAUGCUUUGUCUUUAAAAAGUACUUUGUUCACUUUCUCUGUGUCAGCACGGGAACAAUUUAUAACCUUUUUUUAAAUAAUAUUCCAUGUGACCCAAGGGGGAAGUUAAAAGCGGAACAAAAACUUCACUUGCAAGUUGCCGAGUGACAAAAUGGUGGGAACCACCUGCUUCUAAGUGCCUUUUUUAAUAUAUAAUUGUAUUUCAUUCACAUGUGACUUACUUUUCCAAAAUGAUGUUAAUUUUUUUUUUUUUCAUUAUCCCAAAGACUGUCUAAAUGAAAUAUAUCUUAUCAGGGUAAAAACAAGUAAUAAUAAAUUUUGCAGAAUUCA